UUUCGUAAAAGAUCAUUCAUGUCAUUUGGACUUUAAAUUUAAUUCCAAAAAUCUAACUUUACUGCUUUCAUUCAUGUUGGCUUCAGCAGGUUAUCUUCUCACUAUGUUGGCUUCACUAUGUUGGGUGACUGUGUGGUGGCCUAUGUGGUGAAGGGCAGUCAGAGAGAGGCUAAAGCGGAGGCAUGAGGAGGAGACGUGGCGGUUGAGGGUCGUGGAGAGGAGAUGGGGAUGGAUCUCAACCCAGUAUUUGUGUCGAGUCUGUCGACAACGUCAGUGGGGGACACCAUACUUCUCAUUCUUGCCUUGUGUUUCCAUUCGGUUUUUGAGAGUAUUGCUGUUGGAGUAGCAGAUCAGUUUGCUAGCUACUUAACUUUGACUGUUUUCCAUGUGCAUUCGGCUGUUGGAGUAGCAGAUCAGUUUGCUAGCUACUUAACUUUGACUGUUUUCCAUGUGCAUUCGGCUGUUGGAGUAGCAGGCGAAUGCAUGGAGAAACCUGUGGACAAUCAAUAUCCUUGCACAAGAUCCUUCGCAGCCAUAGCCAUGGGGAUUGCACUGCUGAGAAUGAUGCCAAAGAGGCCGUUUCUAUCAACAGCUUCUUACUCUUUCGCAUUUGCCAUUUCAAGCCCUGUGGGAGUGGGAAUAGGCAUCGCCAUUGACUCCACGACUCAAGGCCGUACAGCUGAUUGGAUUAAUGCCAUCUCAAUGGGACAUGCCUAUGGUGUUUUUCGUCUAUGUUGCUGUUAA